GCGGGUGUUGGCGCCAUGGUGCUCUUCUGCUGCCCGUCCUCCAGCCGAGCAGCAUAUCAGUGCUUUCGUGCUCUCAAGUUGAUAAACAGAGAUAGCCUUCCAUCACUGCAUAUCUCAAGAUGUGCAUCUACUGCCUCUGUGCCUCGCAUAACUACACAUUAUACAAUUCAUCCUCGGGACAAAGACAAACGAUGGGAAGGGGUAAACAUGGAAAGAUUUGCAGAGGAAGCUGAUGUUGUCAUUGUUGGAGGAGGCCCUGCGGGUCUCUCUGCAGCUAUUCGACUCAAACAGUUAGCUGUGGAGCACAACAAAGAAAUACGUGUUUGCCUGGUGGAAAAAGCUUCUCAGAUUGGUGCACAUACACUGUCCGGUGCCUGUGUUGAGCCAAGGGCCUUAGAAGAACUCUUUCCAGACUGGAAAGAGCGGGGGGCUCCACUUAAUACUCCUGUAACUGAAGACAAGUUUGGAAUUUUAACAGAGAAAUCUAGAAUUCCGGUGCCAAUUAUUCCAGGACUUCCAAUGGUUAAUCAUGGAAAUUACAUAGUACGCCUGGGCCACUUCGUGAGCUGGCUAGGUGAACAAGCAGAAGCAUUGGGUGUUGAGAUAUAUCCAGGCUAUGCAGCAGCUGAGGUUCUUUUUCAUGAAGAUGGUAGCGUGAAAGGGAUAGCAACUAAUGACGUAGGCAUUCAGAAGGAUGGAGCACCUAAAGCUACCUUUGAAAGAGGCUUGGAACUCCAUGGUAGAGUCACAGUCUUCGCUGAAGGUUGUCAUGGACAUCUAGCCAAACAGGUGUACAAAAAGUACAAUCUAAGGGAGAAUUGCCAACCCCAGAGCUAUGGUAUUGGACUGAAAGAGUUGUGGACUAUUGAUGAAAGGAAAUGGAAACCAGGAAGAGUGGAACAUACUGUAGGCUGGCCUUUAGACAGACAUACAUAUGGAGGAUCCUUUCUUUAUCACUUAAAGGAGAGUGAACCUUUAGUUGCUCUUGGAUUUGUGGUUGGUUUAGAUUAUCAAAAUCCCUAUUUGAAUCCAUUUAGGGAGUUUCAGAGGUGGAAGCACCAUCCUACUGUACAGCCUACCUUGGAGGGUGGAACAAGGAUUGCCUAUGGUGCCAGAGCGCUAAAUGAAGGUGGUUUGCAGUCAAUACCCAAACUCACCUUCCCAGGUGGAGUAUUAAUUGGUUGCAGUCCUGGACUCAUGAAUGUUCCUAAGAUCAAAGGGACACAUACCGCAAUGAAGAGCGGCAUGUUGGCUUCUGAAGCCAUCUUUAGCCAAUUAAUCAAUGAAAAUCUCCAGUCAAAGACAAAAGGACUUCAUGUGCAAGAAUAUGAAGAGAACCUGAAAAAGUCCUGGGUCUGGAAAGAACUGUAUGCAGUUAGAAACAUCCGACCAUCCUGCCAUAGCGUACUUGGUGUGUAUGGAGGAAUGAUUUACACCGGUAUAUUUUACUGGCUGCUGCGAGGAAUGGAACCGUGGACAUUAAAACAUCCAGGACCAGAUUUUGCUCAGCUCAAGCCAGCCAAAGAGUGCACGCCUAUUGAAUAUCCAAAGCCUGAUGGAAAAAUCAGUUUUGAUCUCCUGUCGUCUGUGGCUUUAAGUGGUACAAACCAUGAACAUGACCAGCCUGCUCAUUUAACCCUCAAAGAUGACAGCAUCCCUGUGAGUAGGAAUCUGGCUGUAUUUGAUGGACCAGAACAAAGAUUUUGUCCAGCAGGAGUUUAUGAAUAUGUUCCCCUGGAAACAGGAGAAGGAUCAAGACUGCAAAUAAAUGCUCAGAACUGUGUCCACUGCAAAACCUGUGAUAUUAAGGACCCAAGUCAGAACAUUAACUGGGUAGUGCCUGAAGGUGGAGGAGGACCAGCUUAUAAUGGAAUGUAAACUGACAGGAAGUCUAUUCAAUGACUUCUGAUCACCAACAGAUAAGUUUGGGAGUAUUUUAUGCUGCAGUGUAAUUAAAAGUACAGCGCUGACUUGAAUGUGUAACAGUUUGAGACUAAUGCGCUGUUCUGAAUUCUAGAUAUGACCGUUGCAUUAAAUGGAAAGUUGGUGCCUUCUGGUCAAACCCUUAGCCUUAUUUAAAUAGGACUUCUUUACAGGAGUUGUGUGGCAGGCAGAAGAAAGUUCUUCUCAGGACUGAUGCAGGAACUUUGGAUCUUGGAUUUAUUGCUGAAGUUCAGUGAUUAACAGGAGCUAUAUCCAGAACGAUGGGUAUGGUGGAAGAAUUUAGUACCUACCACUGAAAAAAAGUAUUCUCUAUCUGAAGUGAUUUACUAUAUGUAAUCCUACCUUGCAGUACGGGGUGGGGGG